AAAAAUUAAUUUUGCUAACAAAGAAGUAAAGACUUAGAAGGAAGGUUUGAUCCAUUUUUAUCAUUAGUAUUUCUUAAAAUAGUUAUGAGUCAAAGCAAAUUAACGCUGCAAUAAAAUUUUAGUUAAAAGAAUCUUGUCUAAUCUUAGACAGUUGGCAGCUUUAACGGCAACUAUUAGUGUAUAUUUUGUAAUAUUAUAAAUUAGAAUCCUCUUUUUUUGUAGUGUAAUCAUUCAAUAUGUUGGAACUGUGCUGAUUAGUCAAAGAUAAAUCUUAUCAACAGUAUUUCAAGCGAAACUAUAUAAUAAAUAGAAUGUAGAUCAUGCAAAUAAAUUACAUAAUUUAGCAAUAUUACUGAGCUCUAUAGAUUGGGCAGUCCUUAAAGAGAAAAUAAAAUUUAGGAGUCUUAAGUAAUAAAUAACUCUCCUCCAUAAAGAAAUGAAGAGCAAAUACUUUAAAGCUAGGCUGGAUAGUCAUUAUAAAAUUAUAGUUUAUAACAAUCUCCUUUGAAAAGGAGUUUGAAGCAAAAUAAAAUUGGUAGUAAUAAUGAGCAAACUAACUCAUCGUUUCUUAAAAAAUCUUUAUCCAAAUAAUCAGCUCAGUAAGUUAGCGAAAAUUAUGAAUCAGAAAAUCCUAUUUUUGAAACGUUAAAGCCAUAGAUUAUAGAAGCCAAUAUAUGUUGUGAGCAUGGUGAAGAAAUUAGCUUAUUUUGCAAUACAGAAAGACUAUUGUGUUGUGUAUAAUGUGUGUAUCAAACGCAGAUACAUAAAAAGCAUAAUGUAGUUCCUAUCAAAUAAGCGCUCUAACAUUUGAGAGAAGAUAAUUUAAUAUUUAUAAACUCUUGCAGAGAAAAAGUAUCUCUGAUUGAUGAGGCUAUAAAAAACUGUCAAUUUAACAAAAAUAAGCUAUAGUAAUUAGUUAAUUAAUACAGGAGCAUGAUUUAGCAAGAAUUUGACAAACUGAUUCAAAUCAUCUAAAAAAGAGAAGAAGAAGCUCUGUCUCAUAUAUAAAAUUUUCAUGACACAUCUUUUAAGGACUAUGAAAGCAAAUAAGAAAAUUUGUAGUUUUUAAAAAAUUGCAUCAAAGAAUAUAGCGAAUUGGAUAGAGCACAGGAAUCAGCUUAGCAGGAAACAACAAUCUAUCUUUUUAGCAUUCAGAAUAUGUUGAAGAAUUCAAUAAAGAACUUUUAAAUUAAAACACCUGUUCUUAAGUGUGAUACAAUAGAAAUAGUGGAAAUGAAUAGCAGGCAUUAAAUUUAAAAUGAACUCUAGAAUUUAGGAAAAAGCAAAGUAAAGAGCUACUUAGCUUCAGCUAUGAUCUAAACCCAAUAAACAUCUGCUAAAAAGUAGCCAACAAAUAAUAACACAAAUAUAAAUAUAAAUACAACUCUAAAUACUGCAAAAACUUAAUCAAGAUCUCGCUCUCCUAUUAUGUAAUAGAAAGAAGUUUAGGCAUAAACAACUCCAAAAGCAGUAAAAAAGAGCCCAAAUUAGAAAAGCUACCUUAGUAAUGUCAAGUGUUCUUCUAAAGAGUAUUAAUGGAAAGAAAUGGCAAACAAAAUGAAUACACUAGCUGAGGGAAUAUCGUAAGCUUAAAGACCAAUAUCUCCUUUAAGUACAGAACCUCAUUAAAAAGAAAGGAUGGUAAAGCGAUUAAAACCAAGCAGAAGUUCUUUAAAUUUUUCAAGCAAUAAGCAGCUUAGCUAAGCUACUCCAAAAUAGAAAUAGACACCCCUUUAAAAUGACCUAGUUUAAAAUAAUAAUGUUAAAAAACCUACAAACUCUGCUUUAAGUCCUGCUCCUAGUUAAAAAUCACUCAAUAAAGGCUUGGAAAUAAAAACAAACAUAAGCCCAAAUUUUAAUGAAAACAACUCUAGAAGAAGUGUUACUCCUAAUUCUUUUAAUAAACAGCAGGGAUUUAAUAGUAACUUGGGAUACUCUGGCAAUUAUAAAUCUUAAAUAACUCCAAAAAGAAGUAGUGGUUAUAAUCCAUUUGUUAAGGAUAAAGGAUAAGCUAAAAAGAAUAGUAAUUAUCAAAGCAGAGGUAGCUAAAAGGGAGAGGAAAAUUACUAAACAACAUCUUAAAAUAAUAAUUUUGAAUAGAAUCCAAUUAGCGAGAUAAGGGAUAAAUUUGAAUAAUUUAGUAAUAUCUAAGAUAACAACCAUAAUAGAAAUAGGUCAGAAUCACCUAUGUACAUUAAUGUAAAUGAAUUUCAAACUAAAUCUGCUACUUACAAGAGCUAACAUGACAUGAGGGCACUUAAACAAAAUAGCUCAAAUUCAAACCUUAAGAAUACUCCAAUCUAAUCAUCUGUAGGAGUGCCUAUAAGUAGCAAUCUAUAAAGUACAUAAUUUAAUUAGCAGUAAAAAUCUUUAUCAUAUUAAAAUCUUCAUUAAAUCAGACAAAGUUCAGAUUUAAAGUUGAUUUAAAAUAGUUAGCAGUAACUUUAAUAAGCUUCUUAGAAUUCAACGCCUACUCUCAAAGCUGAAAAAGCCUAAACACCUACUUCAUAAAAUUUAUUAUAAUCAAGUUAAACUGCUGCUUUUUCUUAACUAACUUCGAAUGUUUAUACAAACGAAUCUCCCUUGGUUUCAUCAUAGCAAAAUGAAGAAUAACUAAAAAAAAUCUAAAGUGGUUAAAUUUUAGACUAAACUUCUUAUUUCUAACAGCUAGGCCAAGAAAAAGAGAAGCAAAUAUCUGGUUCUUACAAUCAGCAAUAUUUAGUGGAUUUAAAUACAAUAAGCAAUGAUUAAAACUUGAUAAGAAAAGACAUUCAUUCAUCUUAUUAGUAAUAGCAACUAAUACAAUAACAACAAUAAGAACAAUAAUAAUAACAACAACAAAUGAACACUAACUAACUUCAAUAAUUUUCUAUAAUUCCAAAUCAACAGUAAAUGUUAAUUAAUGGAAGUCAACAAUUUCAAAAUUACUAAGUCAAUAAUUAAUUAAAUUAUGAAUAGCAAAUAUAGCUCUAAAAAAGCUAUGGUUAAUAAGGGUAGCAGCAGUAGAUUUUAACUGGAAGCUUAGUUUAAAAAUAAUAAUAGUCUAUCAAUGAGGUUGAAAAAACAAACGAUACUUUAUUUUAAAAUUAGAGAUCCUCUAUUUAUAAUUAUUAGCAUGAACCAGAUGCAUUUUCACCGUUUAAAUAAUAAAAUCAAUUAAGCCCAAUAGUUAAAUAGCAAAUAAACAGUCAAUAUUUAGAAAAUUAGUCAAACAUUUAAUCUCCUCCUACUAAUUAUUUCCCUCAAUAAUUUAAUGUUUCUAACUAAAUUUAAAAUGACAUCUCUCAUGAUCAAGUAGGAGAUAAAUAAUUUAAUUUGAAUCAAUAAAUUGUUUCAAGCUUUAAUAACGGUAAUAAUAAUAAUUAAGUAUAGCAUCCAUCAUAAUAAUACUAAAACUAAGAAGAUUAAAGAAUAAAUAAUAUUUAACAAAGCAAUAAUACUAGCUUAAAUAAUUUAUAAGCUAACAAAAGUUAUGAAUAGUAAUUAAAAAACAGUAUUUCAAUCAACGAAUCUUAGAAUAAAAACAUAAUUCUUGAAUAGAAUUAAUAAAAUUUAAAUAUAAGUAGAAGUUAAUCAUAAAAUUAAAAUUUACAAAAAGCUCCAUCUUUUGAGAAAUCUCCAGAUGUGAGACAAAUGGCUCAACCAAUUGCCAUUAUUAAUUAAAAUUAAGUAACAAAUUAGUAAUAAUAAAUAUAAUAACAACAAUAAAAUUAUGAGUAACAAUAUUUAUAAGUAAUGCCUCAAACUAUAGAAUAAAACUAAUAACAACAACUUAUAUCUUCCAACUCAUAAAAUUAAACAAGCAGCUCAUAGAACGAUAAUAAUGUAUUAAAUUCUUAAUUUAGUUUCACUCCUAGUAGUUAGAAUUUUACCAAUAACAAUCAAGAACAAAAGCAAGAACAAGUAACAGUGUUUAAUACAAUAAAUAACGGAACUCAAUAUUAAAUGCAACAGCAAUAAUUUAACUAAAGGGGAGAAUUUGAAUUUAAUCAAAUAAAUCAAAACAACUAAUAUCAAAAUAACCCUGAUGAUAAUUCGUUUAACUUACCCACUCCUACUUAGCUAAGUUUCUAAAAUUAGGAAUAAGUCUAAUCUUCUUACAUAGAAAGAACAAGCAAUAACACAAGUAGCAACAACACAGCUUAGUAGUAAUAAAUCUAUAAGACUUAAUCAUAAAAUUUUGCACCCACGUUUCCUCAUAAUAAUAGUAAUAACAACAGUAAUAAUCAAUAUAUCUUGAUAUAGCAAUAAGAAUAAUUGUAGGAAAUUAACACAGGUUUUGCUUAACACAAUAAUAACUAAGUAGAAUAAUAGGCUUCCUUAAAUGUUAAUUAAUUGAGUGUAUUUAGUGAUAGCCAUAUUUUUACUUACAGCUUAUAAACAAAUCCUUAGUGUACUAAAAUUUUACCUCCGAAUAUUAAAAAGGCUAAAUUACUAUACAGAUUGACAGAAGACGGAGCAAAUAGUCAGAUAUUCCACAGAAAAUGUGAUGGGUAAGGCCCAACAAUAACUUUUGUGAAAGCCAAUGGGGAGCAUAUUUUUGGAUACUAUUUACCAAUAGCUUUUUGCAGAAGUGAUCAGUACUCAACAACAGACAAAUGUUAUAUUUUUACAGCUUAAAACUCAUAAAACAUCCCGCCAACUAAAUUUGAGAUUAGACCAGAAAAGAAAUUUAUAUCUAUAUAUUAAAACUCUAAAAAUCCUUGCUUGGGAAGUACACUAAAUGGCAAGCAAGAUUUAAUCAUAAACUUUGAUAAUCCAGAAAAAAGUUGUUCCAAUCUAGGAUAUGCAUAUAAAAUUGAUUCUAAUAUAGUAAGCGAUAAGAUUUUAGCUGGAUAAUACACAGACUGGAAUGUUUCUGAAAUAGAGGUCUAUUCUUUGACUAUGUGA